AUGUCAGAUGUAGUGGGAAAGCUAAAGAUGAUAAUGCCCCACCUAAAGACCAUUUUCUAUAGACAGGAUAACACUGGGUGUUAUCGCAGUGGGCCGACCAUUGUAGGAGUAUCUCUUGUGAGCAAACUACAUGGCGUAACGAUCAAGCGCAUGGACUUUUCAGACCCGCAAGGUGGAAAAGGGGCAUGCAAUAGGAAAGCCGCUAACAUCAAAACUCACAUGAAAGUUCAUCUAAUUCAGGGAAUUGAUAUAGAAACAGCCCAUCAAAUGGUCAACGCUAUGAGGUCAUCAGUUGGUGUCCAUGGGCUCAGCAUCACUUUAUGUGAAUCACCGGAAACACCAGAUAAUCUAAUCCAAGUUAAACUAGAAGGCGUUAGUUCUUUUUCCAACGUUGAAUAUAAUAAGAACUACUUCCGAGUCUGGAAAGCCUAUGAUAUUGGACCCGGUAAAAAGAUUACGCUUGGCAGCCUCAACAUCGCCAAAGAUGCUCGGAUUCCAUCAUUAAUUACAAAUGAAGAUGAAGUACUCACAGACAAGUUUUCUAACAAGCGAUCAACAAACAAGGGGAGUACUUCAAAUCCAACUUGUGCUAAUACCGGCACUGCUACCAGUGUUGAAGCCAAGGAGUGUUCAGACAACACAGUACAGCUAUUUGCUUGUCCAGAAGAAGGUUGUACAAAAACAUACCAACGCUUUUCUGCACUACACCACCACCUUGAUAGUGAAAAGCACGAAAGGGCACUUGAAUGUGAAACCUUGCUUGAUAAAGCAAUACAUGGAUAUGCUAUCAGAUUAGACGAACAGUUCACAAGAGUCCAGAUUCAGCAGAGUAGUGCAGAAGGAACAUCAUCGAAACAGACAACAUUGCCAAUGGGCUGGGCCCUCAAAUCAAGUACCACAACAAGAGGUCGGUUCACCGACAAUCAAAAGCAAUACUUAAUGAGUAAAUUUAGUAUUGGAGAGCCCACAGGAAACAAGGCUAUUGCAGUUUCAGUCGCCAAAUCUAUGAUAACUGCAAGAGAUAGUAACGGGCAACGUCUUUUCUCAAGCGACGAAUUUCUUACAAGUCAACAGAUUUAG